CUACGAUUUCGCCUCGUAGACGGUCCUACACGGCGCUGGCACACUCGCAACCGCGCAUCAUAAGCUUCGACCGCAUUUCGUACACCUAACCUCGUCAAACGUGAUCUAUCGCGUAGAAACGCUCGCUCAUGGACUCUCUCGAUAAUCGACACCUAGUGCGGCUACUGUGUUUUACGGCAAUUGACGAUUGAAAUUUAUUCGAACAGUUGGAAGAAUCGUUGUUGUUUUCCACUUUCCUUGUGAUUUAUUUUCAUUUUCUUCUUUCAUCGUGUCGGAUUUAGACCGAGAGUGAUCCUGUAACGAGAGAUUGGUUACAUCGAACAAGGGAGAAGUGACUUGUUAUUGGAAACUGAUAGAUUAGGAAGAUCGUAGUAUUUUAGGGAAAAUCGAAGCGUGCUCGAUGAGGGAGCAUGAGGGGCAAUCGUGAUGGUUAGCGAAUAUCGCAAGAUCGUUAGCGAUAAAGUGGAGUGCGUCACUGGCAGCCGUCAUCCUUGAGAUAGAGUGAGUGGGUGACACGGAGAAGAAGAGUAAAAAGAAAAAUGCUCGUUAUCGUUGUGGAAACAAACUAUUAGCGUAAGAUAACAAUUCGUACGGAGCUCGUGUGUGUGACAGUUGCCUCGCGAAAACAUGUCGAAAGAGAAAUGCUCGCGCGAUUUCGUUCAGUGCUUUUGAAGAUAGACGGACAACCUACAUUUAUACCUCGUUAAAAAAUUUAAGAACAACAAACGAAAGAAUAUUUGAAGAAAGCGCAGGAAGUACACAUUAGCGCGUACAAAUAUUGACGAAAGAGAACCCUCGUUGGUGAAUUAAGACAAGAACACCAUGAGCACGAAGAACAACGAGUAUCUUCACCUAUUUCCAAAGAACCAGAGAAACUAAAGUUUCUAAAAAAAAGACAGAAAAAAAUAGGCCUAAAUGUGCCCAUGAAGCGAUCACGAUGGAACCGCGUGGGAUGAUGAUGUCGAACCUGUCGUGCGACGGCUGCGCGGACAGCGACCGCGACUCUGACAGCAGCAGCAUGAUCGUGGACCCGGUGAGUCUGGACAAAAACGACCUGUCACCGUCCCAGUCAUCGUCCAGCCCAAUCAUCCCGAGUUCUCCAGUCCCGCCGACCACCGCGUCUUCCAGAAACCGUGGUGGAAGUCGCAGCAAAAAGAACUACUCGAUGAUGUCGGCCAACAGUCAACAAAAGAACAACUCGUCCGGCCAAGCAUCGUCCUAUAACAAUGACAAGAUGUCCUCGUCUUUGAUCAAGCCACCUUAUUCUUACAUAGCUCUCAUUACAAUGGCGAUUCUUCAGUCGCCACAAAAGAAACUGACAUUGAGUGGAAUCUGCGAGUUCAUCAUGUCACGGUUCCCUUAUUACCACGACAAGUUCCCGGCCUGGCAAAACUCUAUCAGACACAAUUUGUCCCUGAACGAUUGUUUCAUCAAGAUACCACGUGAGCCAGGAAAUCCUGGAAAAGGGAAUUACUGGACCCUAGACCCAUUGGCCGAGGACAUGUUCGACAAUGGGAGCUUCUUGCGCCGCAGAAAGAGGUACAAGAGGCCUCCGCCGCAUUAUGUGCUCCGAGACAGGGCGAUUAUGGCGACCUUCGCCAUUUGCGGCGAUCGAGGACCUUGCCCUGGCGGCGGCGGUGGUCAUCCCGGUGCUCUGACCUAUCCAAGCGCCGCGUAUCUGUCUCCGCCACCCGGUCUGCCCCUGCUCGACUUCUCCCCGUCGACCUUGGAAGCUCUGAAGCUUGGCGGCUUCCUGGAACCACCUCCACCACUGUACAAACCGGUACCGAUCACGGCUCCGCCGAUCAGACAAAUCGACCCCGCGCCAACGAGGACCACCACGAUACCGAGCAGCCAUCCGCCGGCUGACAAGAAGAGGAACUUCAGUAUUGACGCUCUGAUCGGUAAACAGGCGGCAAACGAUCAGAAUUGUGGCGGGCUGUUGGAUCUCAGCCCGUCGGAGCAUAGGGAGAUCAGGAGUCAGGCGUCGGCUUUUUCUCCUCUCGUCUAGAGGAUUUGUUUGAUCGAGUUUUUCGAGAUUCUUUCUGACUGGCACUCUGUAUUGACCGGAUCUCAGUUAAAAUUUCAGUUUUUCUUGGAGAUUCCGGUUUUCGGAGAAGAUUGCAGUUUUUUCAAGGGAACUUCAGUGGUCAAGGAAAGAAAGAUUGUGGAGAAUGUUUUCGACAUUCUUGAUGGAUUUUGGGUGAUGAAGAAGCCGUUACAGACUGUAAAGGUGAAUGGAAGGGAAGAGGAAAAUUUAUAGAAAAGAGCAUUGGAGAAGCAAAGAAUUUUUCACUUCCGCGUUAUUAUCAGAAAUCAAAAGUAUAUGGAAGAAUAGUGAUACGUACUAUGGAGAGUGAUAAAAUAGCUGGAUACCAAAAAAGGAGAAGCGACGGAACCAAAGAUUUCAACUUCGACAAGUACUUGUGUAAAAAAGAACAAGAAAAGAAGAACGAGAGAGAGAGAGAGAGAGAGAGAGAGAAGAACGAACGGACAAAAGAACGAGUCGAGAUAAUUGUAAAAAGGUGUAGUGCAAUAGUGUAGUGGUUUAAGUACGAGAAAAGAUCCCCUUUGGUCGUGUCGAAACGAUUCUUAGCGACUGUACGGCGUCGUCACGAACAAUCGAUUCCUCGCGAAUCGAACUUCAUAAUUUUCCAUCCUCUCUGUUUCAACCCCGUUUAUUUUCACAUAUUUUUUCUUCCCUCCGUGCUCUAUUCUUAGCCGGAGGCUUCUUAAACAAUAGAUUAAUAUCUCGUCACUGUAAAUAUACACACGUACACACGUAUACACACGUAUGCACACGAACAGACACAUGCACACGCACAUCCUCGAACAAAUCUUUGCUCAGCUUUCUAUUGUUUGCGCGAGUGUGAGAGAAAAAGAGAGAAUGCGCGAGUGAAAGGGUAGGAGAGGGUGGCAGAGAGCGAUAGAGAGGGGAGGUCAGUUCUCUUCAUCGGAUUUAAUGUAAAGCUCGGGCCGGGUUUUCGGUCAAGUAGACGUUUUAGUGUACAUAGCGUUGUACGAAAAAAAUAAAAAGAAAUACACACACAUAUAGGGGAUGCUCGCGUUCCGUACUACGAAACAUAUUCGUGUACCUUUGAUUCUCGUGUUCGAUCCUCGAUACGGGAGGUUUUGAUAGCGAAAACGCGUGCAACGAUUCGCAAAGAUCGAGCCUUAUCGAGUUUUAUUGUCUUACGAAACUGCACAUCUUUAACCGGCGUGCGAGUAACGCGAGCUUUGAAACACAAUCCUUUCGUUUCUCUGGUUUAUUAAGAUACGAUUUACGCGGAGAAACUUUGGACUAAUCGACUUGAUACACUGUUCGAAACGUUAGAUUGGGAAAUUAAUGGUCGAUUCGUGUCUGUAUUGAUUAUUUUUGUUUAUUCGGCCAAGAACAAUUCGUUGUCAGUUAUAUGCAAGGUUUUUUUUAGUAAUUUAAUGUCUCGUUUACAUUUUAGAAAACAUCGUAGCGCUUUGAAAAAUGUAGAUUAUCUGGAAGCAAAAUUUUGCGACGAAGAUUUUCGAAAAGCUCGAAAAUGUAGGAAUACGUGGCAAUAAAUUCGAGAAAUAGAUAAAAAAAAUAAUAAAAUGUCAGUUUUUGAUUUAAUUGGAUUUUUAAUUUAAUUGGAUACCAUUGUUCAUAUUGGAAUUAUCUCAAUAUUAUUCUUAUUGUGAAAGACUUGAUCCGAUAAUUUUUUAUUUAAAGAUACACGAACAUAAUGGCAUGCUAUUCUAGGAAGUAUAAUCCUCAUCGCGAUAGAGGAACAAUAAUCAUUGCCACAGUUACGUAAUGAACACAGACACAUUUCAAUCCAUUUAUUUGCCAUUUAUUGCACAGCAACCUAACAAUUAGAAGAUUGGCGAUAUUUUGAGAGCUGCUUCAUCGUUUGAUGAGGUUUUUAGCGGUUUCACGAGAUUAAACGUUGUAUUACGAAAUCUUUGUUUUUCUCUUUUAUAAUUGACUCUUUUUUCCGAGCAGUGUAUGAAGCAGACGUUGAUGCGAGAUCAUAAUGGUCCAAAUCCUUUAAAAUUUCUUUAGAAAUUAAAUGCUACUGUACAAAUGUUUAUUCCAAAGAAUUAAUUAUUUAUAUAAAAUCGAAGAUACAGACGAAGAAAAUCGAAGGAAAAUCGAAGACUUCGGCGAAGUGAACUUUCCAAUUUCCAUAUAUCAACGCCAAAAUGUUGCCAGAUACACUGCAAAAUCGAUUACGACUUAAGAAACAUGUUUCCGAAAGUACCACUACGCAAUCUAUUGGGAAAUUAAUAAACAAAUCAAAUUGCCAAUAUCACAAGUGUAAUUCGCACAACUUUCAACCGAAAUUCUUUUCUAUUCGCAGUACUAAGGAACAAGUUACAUAAAGAAUACUUUAUGCUGUAGGAAAUUAUAAUUGAGGGGUUGAAAUCGUAAAUGACUCGUAAACGUUAGAAGGUUUUCGAUAGAAAAAAUAUUCGCUUCUAUUAAUUUUACCAUUUGCACAAUUUAUCACACCUGGACACUAUAGACUUUCAGCGUUUAUCAAUUUAAUAGAUUUAGAGAAAGAAUAAAUUGGCGUAUAAGGAAUUGUUUUGCAUUAGUUACAUUUUAUUUGUAUUACACGCCAUUCUUCUAUCCUUUAAAAACGAUUGAUUUACGAUCACAGCUCUAGAAGCUACAAUAAAUUAUUUUAAUACUGAUAACUUUCCUCUUCUUGUUCUACGUGAAAUUUAUAUUUCCUCUUAAUGGAAAAAUCGACUUGGACCUUUUGCUGGUACUAACGUCAUUUGCCGUUUCAAUUCCUCAGAUAGAGAUUUUAAUUUCGCAAUGACACACAGCGAAGAGAAGUAUUUCUUCGGAAAUUUUUCUCGUUCGCUGUUCGAUGAAAGAUUUUCCAUAAAAGAUUUUCAAAAGAAGAUAAUUACGCGCAAAUAAUAGGAGAGAAAAAGAAAUGCGAAACGACAGUUCGACGGAAAUUCGUCGACGAUUCUUAAUACAGAAACAACGUGUUUCAGUCUGUUUUCGAGCGUUUUUAAACGUGCAUAAGACGCAUGUGCAGGGAUCCACGGGAAAAGAGAAUGGAAUAAUUUACAAUUAAUCCCUGCAAAGAUACGCAUCCAUGACGAUUACGUAUGUGUUGGUCUACCUACGCGUGUACAUACCAGCCGUUAGUGAAUUUUCCUCGAACGUGUGCGAUGACGAUUGUCAGAUAAGAAUUAUUGCAGGAGAACGUAACAGCGCAGCGUAACGUUUGUGCAACGAAUCCGGUCGUAUUUAUAUUUCGUUGAUCGAAAAGCAGGUUAAGUAUGUUUAGGAAUUUCGUUAAUUAAAUACCAACUGGAUUUUUAUCGAACGACGCUAUGGUUUGGUUCUUACAAAUAUUCUAACGAAUAAAAGUAUCGACCGAUAUGUACAAAUUGCUAGUCUGCUUUUAUUAACGCGUCCCGUGCCGUGGAGAAUAGAUAAUUUGUAAUUAGAAAGUUUGAAAAUUCUACAGUUUAAUUAAUUAAUUUUAAGGAGUAAAUUGAAAAACUUGAUAUUUAAUGUAAUAUUGAAGAUAAUAUAAUGGGGAAUAAUAUUGAAAAGAAUUUAAAAGUAUUGGAAGAUACUUCAUGGCAUCUAUGAUUGGUAUUCAAAAUCGCUCAAAGAGAUCUAAACAUACUAUUCAAGAUUAUUCUAUGAAGGUUUUCAAGAAUACGAUAUUUGCAAGCAUUGCAAAAGUAUUCAAGAGUAAUAUUUAAAAUUAUUCAAGAAUAUCAAAUAAAAAAUACUAUUUGAAAACGUUGAAAAAUGGAACAUAUUCAAGAAUAAUUUAACAGUUAUAUUCAAUGAUACUGUUCAAUGAUACGAAAAGAUAAUAUUAGGAAGCACUGAAAACCUUUGAAGAAUAAUAUUUAAAAAUACUCAAAAUCAUUCAAUUAUAAAUACAUAAUAUCGUAAAGCACUCAAAGAUAUUCAAGGAGAAUAUUCAAAGUACUCGUCGAAUAACAAAGAUAUUACUUUAUCGGUAUGCUUCGUAUCUUCACCUGCUUUUCUGCGUUUCAUUUCAAGAUCAAACCCUGUAGAAUACUCUUCUCCGGUGAAUGAAAAUGGAAUACGUGUGACCCGCAUGGCACGUGACGUGUUAAACCAGAAGCAACAACGAGACGUUCGUUCGUUUUCUAUUCGCUUCAAGGCUCCUUAUUUUCGUUAUCGUUCUCGUUUAUGUAGAUCUGAUUACACAGCCGAUUCGUGCGUGUUUUCAAGUCGUGUGAACGAUGCACGUCGUGAUAACGAAAAUCAUUGUUCUAAUAGCGAAGCUGGUGACUCCUUCGGGAAAAAUAAAUCUCCGGCACAUCGACAUCCAAACAAUGGUCAAACAACACAAGAUAGAGCAAAGUCGAUCUUCCGCAACAAAUAUUUUCGAAAUGUUAAAUAGUUUCUACCGGUAUAUAUUGAAAAUUAUCUGCGUAAUUUGUGAUAAACGACGCUUCGCUAUCUUAUUCAUAGAUUUUCUUUGUCAGGAGAAAUGUUGCUUCUAAAUUUGUUCGAGCGUUAGAUUAAAAUUCUUUUUAAUCUGACACAUCCGCAGCAUAAAAUUCUUCACAUCGAUGCUGGAAAAAUGUCUGAUCGAGAACGUGUUCCAUUGAUAAUGCAUUAGCCCUCUAUAACCGACAUGUUUGCUUACGAGAUUGGCAAAUUCUUAAUUGAUUUCUGAUUUCGAUCAGAAAGUUUGGAAGUAACGUGCAAUCGAAUAGCGAGUAUAAUAAAUAGCGACAUGAAAUGUUCGUUUUCUCUAUUGUAUUCUUCAUCUCGAAAACUGGUAAUACUGGAAGAAAUUUUGGAAAAUCAACGACACAAAUUGAUAAUAUAAUUUAAUUAACCUCUGAAUGGGCGAAGACGAGUGGAAGCAAAUUAUGUCAUGCGUAUAUUUGCGAGGACUGAGACCGACCAAAUUUCAAUUAAUUUUCUAUGUUAUUACAGAAGUAAUAAUAUAUGGAAGACAUGAUAGGCAUAAUUACAGAAAUUUCUAAUGAACACUAGAACUACCGCAUCAGU